GUACCUUUCACUCGCUGCCAGGUACUGUUUAAGGAAAUUAGUAUCACCGUCCAAAGUGCCCGUAAAGGUCCAAGACUUCCUCUCCAUCUAUCUGCUCACCUUCCUGCCUCCCUUGCCAGCCUCGAAAGCCGUGUCUAGUCUAGCAGUCUGGGGUGGUCUGGGGAAAUGGGAUUUGGAUAGAGUGGCGAGGAGAGAAAGCAUGAGCUGACAUUGGUUCCAUAUCAUAUCAAAAAAUAUAUAAAAAAAUUAAUAGCUUCGUGUAUGUCGGGGGGUGGGAAGGGAAGACUGAAAAAGGAGAUAAUUAUUGAUGAUUCUCAACUGGACGGCCAUCAUACUCUGAGCACAAGGUCUUUAAUUUGAUCUCAAGAAUACCCAUCACGAUCACGACUGCAACAACACGUUUCGAGAAAUAUAGUUUGGCUACGGAAACUCCCCCUCCCUCUCUCGUCUUCCCUCUCACCUAAAUUUAUACCACAAUAAGCAAAAACUUACACCUCCCCCAUCAAACAUUUUCUUGCCAGCUCCGUACUUCGGCCUUCCCCCAAACUCAAUCCUUGUCGACCUACGGGGUAAAUCGCCAUGCAUGAAUUAUUCCUCUCGGCAUCCGUGGACAGCGAAGAUGUAUCGCAUUCUCUCCGCGUGCUCCAGGGCUAUUGUGGCAUGAUCCCCCAGCACUCUAUUCGGCGGCGAUUAGUAUUCGAAGGCCCACGCAGUCGAAACAAUUUGAAGGGUCUUGAUCCUUCCUUUCUGAAAGCCCAACCGCCGAAUAAACAAUUCUGGUGGAAAUCGCUCAACGAGCAGCUGAUUCGUCAAUCUUAUGUUCUGACUCUCAUAUAUGAUGUUGAUAAAAGUCAAUUUGGUCAGCCAGCAAAGGAGCUUGAUGGUGGAGAAGGUCAACCCGGUCUUCUCCCAUGUGAUGAGGUGCCGGGUACAAUAAGAUGGACCGAUCUUCCAGAUCCAGCCAAUGCUGCUGUCGUGAACAGCAGAAUGUUCAUUGCGAUAGACAAUGAAAAGUCAUUAUGCAGACUCCUUCAAGCAAGCAGUCACCGAUUCACACGGGAAAUUAUUCAAGAAAGUCACCGAACAGUUCACAAUAACAUAGUUUUCACACUUAGUCGCUACUUUGAAAUCCCUUCCGAGUUCCAGGAAGUUGAUAGUAGCUCACGCCCCAAGGUUAAUAGCAGGCUACCUCCCUUCGAAUUAUUGGAACCAUUUGAUGCUGAAGAUAAAUGGAUUUUAACUGCUAGCAUUGAGGUUCAGAAUGGAGCUGAUCCUGAUCAUAUGAAGAGUGCAAUGGCAGAGCUAUCGGGAGCCCAAGAGGAAUUCAAGGGAUGUUUCGCUUUGAAAGCAGCAGACAGGCAUACCUUUGAUACCAAAGUCAAAGUGCAGGCUUGAGGGGAAUGUGUAAUAAGGUAGUGCCAUGUUAGAGACGUGAGGGGCUGUCUUCUAAUCGCUUGAUCUAGGAUGAGAA